GUCAAAUGAAGCAAGCUACUCUGCCUGCUGCCUAAUUUUGCAAGGAAGGUUGUUUCUACAAGGCACAAUCUAAACAAAAUGAAUUAAUUUACAAAACAUAUAAAUAUUUGAACAAAUAUGUUUUUCUUCCUGCAAGCAAUACAAUGCAAAAGCUGUCAAAAGAGAAGAGAAGCUUAAAGAGAAGGAUACGAUCAAUUCAAAGAUGUGCAAUAGAAAGAGGUUUGCAAAAAGAAUUGUUAAAAAAUUAUAAUUACAUAUGUGAUUAUAAUUACGAGGCCGCAGCUUUAAAAGGAACAAAUAGGAAGUUAAUACUGAUAUCAGUUUCUGUGUUUGUGUUAUUAGUGAUUAGCAGCAGCGCAGUGAAUAGUAUUUUAAGCGCUAGAUGUGUGUUACCUAGUAAUUAUUUGGUGUGGGAGGCGACGCGGCCUCUCGCCGAUUGUGCCUAUUGCAAGAACGUUACGAAACCUAUUAUACUAUACAACGUCACGCGCCGCAAUUUCGCUUGUUAUUCAUAUUCAUCAAAACCAAUAAUAAUCAAGAAUGCAAUCAAACACUGGAAGGCAGCUACAGAGUUAAAUUUUGAUGUGUUCAAACAGCUGUAUGAGAGCACAGCGGGAAGUUACGAGAGCCUUGAAGAUGGCUGCCAAUUUCUCAAUUUUAAAACAGAUCUAUUUACCCUGAGAGAAGUGUUUCAGAUGCCUGAUGCAAGGAUACGAAAUGAACCUGGAGAGAAGCCUUGGUAUGUGGGAUGGGGUAACUGUCAUCCAGAUAUAUUAGCGAGGGUGAGGCAGUAUUAUAGUAUUCCAGAGUUUCUGCCCGAAGAUGCAGAGUUCCCGGCUACUGAGAACAUUUUUUUUGGAUAUGAAAUGGGAGCUGUUAUGCAUUUGGACUAUAUACCAAGACUGAUGUGGCAGGGGCAAGUGAAAGGGAAUAAGACAUGGUCUGUUGCUCCAGUGCCAGAAUGUGAUCAUAUUUGCCAUAAAUUUGACUAUUAUGUUGAACCUGGUGAUGUUGUAUUGCUGGACACUCGUAUUUGGUACCAUGCUACAAGAAUCCCGAAGGGCCAGUUCUCACUAACGGUGCAAUCCGAAUAUGGAUGAACUUAUUUUUUAUACAAACUCUUUUUAGUACAAAAUAUUUUUACAUAUCGAGAUGCCAAAUUUUUAAUGUCUUCUUUAUUUAUAUAAGCUAUUUAUUCCUUUUUACAUUUGUAAUGUGCCAUUGUUUGUAGUGCAACUACUAGCUUUAAAUUUUGCAAUAUUUUGUUUUACAAGUAUUUAUUUUUCAUAAAAUGUUUUCUAAAAUAAACUUUUGCAACUUA